AUGAUUUCAUCGGUUGAACCUUCAUUUUCUGCCGAUGAACAAAAAAGAUUCGAAAAAUUAAGCAGCUUCAAUUUUGUUGAUUAUUGGAUGGGAAAUGGCAAACCGCGUACAGUUCCAGAUAAAGUUCUUCUGUUUAAGGGUAAUCGAAUAUACGAGAACGCAUUGGUGAAAUUGGUUGGGGAAGGUUGCAAAAAUUCAAUUUCUGAACUUUUUACAGUUUAUCUGAAAUUAGGUCAUGUGAAUUUGUUGGCAAAAGACUUCGCUAAAGCUCUAUCGGCAUAUCAGAAGGCGUACAAACUGGAUUCUGAUCACUUCUGGAGAGAUCCGUCAGCAUAUUUUGGUCUUGGACUGGUCUAUUUCCAUUUUCGUGCCUUCUCAAUAGCGGCAGAAGCGUUCAACCGUCUGCUAUUUUCAUAUCCGAAUCUGUCAAUAUCAGUCGAGGUGCAUGCUCGUUUAGGAUUCAUCUAUAAGAACCUAGAAAAGUUUGAUCUCGCUCUUAAGCACUUAAACGCAGCACUUCACGAUAAAGCCGAGAGUUCAUUUCUGUCAAAAACUGAAUUGCGAUUUCACAUUGCACAUUGUUAUGACUGUGGUGGUGAUCUAGAGAAAGCGUUCCACGAGUAUCGCUCGUUAUCCCUUGACCAGUCUGUCACUUUAUCGAAUACGCUUCACGCACAAAUACUUAGACAACUUGGUUGGAUUUGCUAUCGACGAGAAUGCACAGCUGAUAUUCGUCAUCAGAAAAUUUUUGAAGCAGAACAGUACUUGAUUCAGAGUAAAGAAUUAGAGCCAUCUUGUGGUAAAACAUAUUAUUAUCUGGGUAGGUGCUACGGUGAAUUACCUGAAAGAGCACACGACGCAUUCUUCAAUUACAGACAAUCAAUCGAUAAGUCAGAAGCAGACGCAGAUACAUGGUGCAGUAUUGGAGUGCUUUACCAGCAACAACAUCAACCGAUGGACGCUCUUCAGGCGUUUAUCUGUGCAGUGCAAUUAGACAGUGAGCACAGUGCUGCGUGGAGUGAUCUUGGCCGUUUGUACGAAGAGAAUGGCCAGUUUUCAGAUGCGUUACAAUGUUUUAAGAAAGCUGUCAAAUUUCGCCCUGCUGCACCUGAGGCAUUAAAGGCACGCAUUCGGGUGCUUGAGAAAGAAUUGCAUCCAUCAUCCUCAUUACUUGGCAAUAUACAAUCGCAACAACCUAACAAAUUACCUGGUUUGGAAGAGGCUUGGCGUUUACCGAUUCCAGCCGAAUUAAGUCAACGACAAGAAGAAUUUCUCAAGCUGAAACAACAGCGUUACCGUGACGGAAGUUCAUUACUGACGAUUAACUCAAUGCUGCGUUCGGUCAAUAGUCCUAUUGACCCUUCAAUAACUCAGUUUGAAGUGCUGCGAGUACUUCGUGCCAAUAAACCGACUCUAACGGAUGAACAUCAAAAUUUAUUACAGCGAAUGGAACAAACAUACAAAAGUGAUCAGGAAGAAGCGGUUUUGAAAGCGGAUCCGCAUUUAGAUUCCAAUUCACUUCCAGUUGUUUCACAGGAUGAUUUAAUGAACGUUUUGGGUGGAACAACUUCUUUGAGUAUUAUCAAAAAUGAAGGCAAUAUGCGAGUUACUGAUCGUGCAGCUGCAUCAACCUCAACGAAUAUCGUUAUUACAAAGCAAGAAAUAGCUGAUGCUCAAGCUAGUACUUCACUGCAGGAAGAAUCGGUUUCGUCAACCUCAGAUUUACCACAUUCAUUCUCUUUGAAUGCGAAUGUGCAUGUACCGAUCACGAUAACGGCUGAAGAGUUGUUAGAAAGGUGUCAUAAAAGAGUCGAUAAACCGAGUGAAUUCGUUGAGAUCUUCGAUGAGCGAGUACCUCCGCCUGUACCGCUUGAACCAACCGGUGAAAAGUUAUCGCCGGAAAAGGCGCUAAAACAAACACCAGUCAUAAUAGUGGAUUCUCGAAGGGAUGCAUAUAGCAUUGAACUGCAAAACUUUUGUUACAACAGCACAGUGGCGUUGAUUCGUGGUCUGACAACGACACUGAAAAUGGAUUUGUCCCUUUUCUCAACGAAAUCUCUUCUUGAAAUCGCUCCGGAACAUGAGGUCGAAGUUCGUACUCAGUACCGAAUGCCAUCCGAUCAAAACGUUGAUCAUUUGGGAAAUCCGACUUGGGCAUGUCAUAGUGUCCGGUCGUUCACAACAGUUUCAAAAUACGCCCAGUAUCAAGCACAAUCAUUUCAGUAUUCACUCAAGGAGGAAGCAGAAAAACUGCGCGCAGCAGGUGCGAAAUAUGGUGGAAGUAAUAACGCGAGUAGUAGAGAGAGAGACGAUACAAGUGGUAUUUGCUCAAAACGUCGUCGUGUUGCGCCGUUCGAAGAGACCCAAAUGCCUAUGAAGUUACUCAAAUUUGGUACAAAUGUGGAUCUCUCAGAUGAAACCAAAUUUAGGGAACAGUUGACCGAACUGAACAAAAUGCCUGCAUUUUGUCGUCUCGUACCAGGAGCUCGUACACCUGGUCAUCAAGAGAAUAAUUGCUUAGCAUCAAUAAAUAUUAAUAUUGGUCCUGGCGAAUGUGAAUGGUUUGCAGUGCCAUACGAAUAUUGGCCCGUUAUUGAUAACAUGUUGCGAGAAAAAGGUAUGGAUUAUUUGAAAGGAGUGUGGUGGCCGGAUAUGGAUGAUCUUUUGGAGAUGGGCGUUCCAGUGCAUCGGUUCAUACAAAAAGCUGGUGAUUUGGUUUGGAUUGGAAGUGGAUGCGUGCAUUGGGUACAGAGUAUUGGAUGGUGUAACAAUGUGGCGUGGAAUGUAGGACCGUUGACUGCAUCUCAAUUAGAAAUGGCCAUUUUCAGUCAUGAAUGGAAUAAAUUGAAUGGCUAUAAAUCAUUGGUACCGUUGCAACAUCUGUGUUGGCAGCUAGCAAGGAAUGUUCGCUUCUCAAAUCAAAAACUAUACGUGAUCGUUAAACAGAUGCUGAUACGUUCAUUAGCAUAUUGUAAGAUGGUUGCUGAUGUGGUCGUGUCGACUGGAAAGUCAAUCAAGAUUAUGAAGGUGAAGAAGAAGUAA